AUGGGAAAUACUCGAAAGCGUCACAAGGAUAGGGCCUCGUCAACAACCUCAAUAUCCAGUUCACCAGCCCAGUCGAAAGGACCCUCCCACAAGAAACGGAAUAAUGCAGUUGUUGAUACGGAUGGUGAUUACGAAGUUGAACGAGAGGAUACCGAUGUUGACCAUACAACCUCUGCAAGCGCUCAAAAUUUGGAAAAGGAUCAGGACCAAUUAGAUGCAGAGGAGCUUACUCUGGUUUGA